AUGCUCGCGGCUGUGGUCGGAGGUCAAAGCGAGCGUCUCGCGGGCCGGAGGAGAAAGAUGGCGGUGGAGUCGCGCGUCACUCAAGAAGAAAUUAAAAAGGAACCAGAGAAGCCAAUCGAUAGGGAGAAGACGUGCCCGCUGCUGCUGCGGGUCUUCACCACCAAUAACGGUCGCCACCACCGGAUGGACGAGUUUUCCCGCGGGAACGUGCCCUCCAGCGAGCUGCAAAUCUACACUUGGAUGGAUGCAACUUUGAAAGAAUUGACCAGCUUGGUAAAAGAAGUCUACCCAGAAGCUAGAAAGAAGGGCACACACUUCAAUUUUGCAAUUGUUUUUACAGAUCUUAAAAGACCUGGCUAUCGAGUCAAGGAGAUUGGCAGCACCAUGUCUGGCAGAAAGGGCACUGAUGAUUCAAUGACCCUGCAGUCACAGAAAUUCCAGAUAGGAGAUUAUCUUGACAUAGCAAUCACCCCUCCAAACCGAGCACCACCUCCUUCUGGGCGCAUGAGACCAUACUGA